GCAGAGGAUCUUGAGUUGGAUAUGAACUUUGUUCAGUGUGACAUCAAAAACCUAGUGUGGCGAGGUCAAACUGUUGAUACCAUUGUGAUGAAUCCUCCAUUUGGAACCCGAAAAAAGGGUGCUGACAUGGAUUUCCUCUUUGUAGCCUUGAAUGUUGCUUCUCAGGCAGUAUAUUCCUUGCAUAAGACCUCAACAAGAGAACAUAUUAAAAGGGCAGCCCUGCGUGACUUUAAUGCUAGCAGUGCUGAGGUUUUGUGUGAGCUUCGGUUUGAUGUUCCACAACUAUACAAAUUUCACAAGAAAAAGGAGGUGGAUGUUGCUGUUGACCUCUGGCGCUUUGUGCCUAAAAGGGAUGGUGGAAAGGACAUCUAACGCCACAUCAAGACCAUCAGUGCAUUUUUCCCUUUCUGGUUCUUUGAUGAGAAUGGGUGGUUUGUUCCAAGUGUAAUCAAAUUCUUAAUGUCUGGCUGAAGAAAAAAAGGUCCUCUCUCAUGAUGCUUGAUGAGAAAAUCGUCGUGCUCUUUUGAGAUCCUUUGUAAAUUAAUGAACAUCAAUUUGUAUUCCCCCGAAAAUUGCGAGGACUUGGUAAAGCUUAAGGUUUUGAGUUACAUGACAAUAUUGUAGAUGCUUCAAUUCGAUUCACAUGUGAUAGUUGAUUUGAACCUGCUUUCACUGGUUUUAGGUAAGAGCAAGCAAUGUAAGCUUGUAUCUUUUGGAGUUUUUCUUUUACACUUUUGUAGUUUCUUCGCAAAUGAAGCCUACUUUACGAG